CCGAGGCCGCUGUUCUCGGUGAGACCCCACUUGUCCACCGCAUCCCUGGGCCCUCCGUCCUCUCGGCUCCCGAUCCGAUCCUGAGGGCCCCUGUCGGUUUCGGGGGUCCCUAUCUUUCCCCCACUGCGCCCUACACCCCCUACGGGCGGCAUGGAGGCGCGUUUCACGCGGGGCAAGUCGGCGCUGCUGGAGCGCGCGUUGGCCCGGCCACGCACCGAGGUGAGCCUGAGCGCCUUCGCGCUGCUCUUCUCCGAGCUGGUGCAGCAUUGCCAGAGCCGCGUGUUCUCCGUGGCUGAGCUGCAGGCGCGCCUGGCCGCCCUGGGCCGCCAGGUGGGCGCGCGCGUGCUGGACGCACUGGUGGCGCGCGAGAAGGGUGCCCGGCGGGAGACCAAGGUGCUGGGUGCGCUGCUCUUUGUCAAGGGCGCCGUGUGGAAGGCCCUCUUCGGCAAGGAGGCCGACAAGCUGGAGCAAGCCAACGACGACGCCCGCACCUUCUACAUCAUCGAGCGCGAGCCGCUCAUCAACACCUACAUCUCGGUGCCCAAAGAGAACAGCACGCUCAACUGCGCCAGCUUCACGGCGGGCAUCGUGGAGGCGGUGCUCACGCACAGCGGCUUCCCCGCCAAGGUCACGGCGCACUGGCACAAGGGUACCACGCUCAUGAUCAAGUUCGAGGAGGCGGUCAUCGCGCGUGACCGCGCUCUGGAGGGCCGCUGAGCCCCGCGGGACAUAAAAGGCUGUGAGCCGCACCCCUGCUAAAA